AUGUCUAAAGGUGACAAGCUCACAAAAGGUCAACAGCCACUAACUGAAACUGAGAAGGAGAAUAUGAAGUCAAAGCCUUAUGCAAGAUUAGUUGGAAGCCUCAUGUAUGCUCAAGUUUGCACAAGACCUGACUUAGCUUUUGCAGUUGGGAUGUUAUCAAGGUUUCAAUCUAAUUCAGGUUAUGAGCACUGGGUUGCAGGGAAAAAGGUGUUGAGGUAUCUACAGAAGAUAAAGAAUCACAUGCUAGUUUACAGACAAGUCAAGGAUUUGAAGGUUAUUGGAUUUUCAGAUUCUGAUUUUGCAGGGAAUUAUCCUGAUUCAAAGAAGUCCAUUUGUGGAUACGUGUACAUGCUAGCAGGAGGAGCUAUUACUUAG